AAAAGAUUGAUUUUAGAAACGGAGAAAGAUUUUGUCAAAAACAAAAGAAAACUCAGUCAUUCUUCGUUCUUCAUCAUCCUAAACCAUCCAUUCAAUUCAAGAUUUAUGGGUUUCAUGAUUUUGUGUUUGAUAAUAAUUGCUUAAAGAAACAAUUUCAUUAUUGUUGCAAUAUGAAGAAGAACCAAGGUGGUUAUGUGCCACCUGCAUACAUUCCAUUGGGGCAAUCCGAUUCGGAGGAAAUGAGUGUCCCCUUGCAUCAUGGUAGUAGGAGCAGCAGCAGCAGCAGCAAUGAAUCCAACCAAAUGCAGCAGCAGCAGCAGCAGGCUCAAUGGUCUUCUGGAAUCUGUGCUUGUUGCGAUGAUAUGCCAAGCUGUAUGCUACUUCCUUUUAUCCUGUCUGUCACACUCAUUUAAUACCAAAGGCUGUAUAGGUUGUCUUUGUCCUUGCUACGUUUUUGGGAAGAAUGCAGAAUUUCUGGGUUCUGGCACGUUCAUGGGAUCAUGUGUUACCCAUUUUAUAUUGUGGAGUCUUUUUAAUACAGCCUGCUGCUUAUUAACCGACGGCCUGUUUUGGGGAUUACCUGGAUGCCUUGUUUCGUGUUAUGCUUGUGGCUACCGCGGGAUCUUAAGAUCAAAGUAUAAUUUGCCGGAAGCACCGUGUGGAGAUUUUGUUACCCAUUGUUGCUGUCAUCUGUGUGCCAUUUGUCAAGAGUACCGUGAAAUACGAGAACGAGCUGGGGAUUCUGAAGCUACAGAUAUGAAGCUGGCAGUAGUUACAGCUCCACCAGUCCAGACAAUGAAAUCAGAUUCCGGGCUGUAAUGCCACAACCCUGCUCCCCCUAUCCCUACACUAUGCAUGGUUUGAGGAUUGUAAACAUGGGGAAGAAUGUGGUUCACACUAUAAGUCAAUGUAGUUAUACUCUAGAUUAUCGCAUUUUCUCACAUCAAAUUUUUCAAUUAUUUUUGAGAAAAACUAGAAGAAUAUCAAAUACUCAGCUGUAAAUAAAAAUUUAGCAUGUUUAAUAUUACUUCAUCAA